UGAUUUGUGGCUUACAUGAUGCAUAUGGAUGUAAGCAUCAUGAGGUUUUGAUUUUUUCCACUCUUGUAAAGGAUGGUGGAUUUGAAAUUUGUUACAGGAACAAACUUAUGCUUUUUAAAACUGAAUUGACUUGCAAUUACAAGGAUAUGAAAUACAAGGAAGGGGACACUAUUGUUGAUGGCUGUAAAGUAUGUUACUGUACAGAACAUAAAACGAUGCCUUGCGUUACAAUGUGUAAAGGAGAAAAUGAAAAGGCUGUCAUGAUACCCAAACGAAUGAGUGGUGUUGGUCCUGAAAAUAUAUGUUGUGCAGAAUUUGGCCAUAAGGUAUUGUGCAAUCCCCUUAAAAAAGAGCCAGUAUGUAAAUUUCAAGAUCAAAUUAUUGGCGAAGGGAUCUAUUUUGGUAAAUAUGGUAUGUUUGCAUGUUUGGAGAAUGGAACAGCCACUAGUUUGGCAAUUUACC